AUGCAAACAUCAGACUCAAAGCGUGUCAAGAAGCCAUGGACUGAGCACAGUAGCCUCGUGCAGAUGCGUUACCGACGGAAAGGCACACUGCAGCGUAUGCUGCGUAGCUAUUUCGAUGACUGUCGCUGCAAAGGUGUCUACCUCCUCAUCCAUGAAGACAACCGCCACUUUCCACCACCAGACAAAGAUAUUAAACAGGAGAAACAUUAUCCCCCUCCAUCCCGAACAACGUGUGAGAACUACAUGAAAUAUCAGAAGUCUAGAGCGGGGAAGGGAAAGCAAGAGAAACUGGAGCAGGAGCGAGAUAGAUGA